AAAAAUUAAAACGUUCAGUAAUAAAGCCGAAAAUGCCGACGAAUAUCUUUGUGAUGAGUCUGACCCUGUCAUGAGUAACAGGAAAACGAAUACGUUCAGUGGCGAUAUUGCAAAUACAAUUUUGACCGACGAAAACGAACGACGUAAUGAAAACGCACCAGACGAAACAUUCACAAGCGAAUCGGAAUAUGAUGAAACUGCUCCGUUUUUUGACAAUGAAAAUGAAUUGGAAAGAAAUUCUACAGUCGAAUGGAUUGACAGUGAAGAUAUGGAGAUGGACAUUUCAUCUGAAUUAUUCAUCAACAUUAAUUCAUAUUCUGAAAGUGGAACGAUUGCAACUGAUAGUGCAACAACAGACAAUUUCGAGCAAUGUUCACGCUCUACUCCACCAAACAACUCAGACCAAAAUUGUUCCACAGAAUCUUCCGGACUUGACGAUGAAGAUUACGGCAAUGAUCAACAUUUUGAUGUAUCGGCAGCGACUCGCAUCGACGGACGACGAAUUGUGGAAUGGGAUUUUCUUUUAAAGCAGUUAACUGAUGUCGCGGAUCAUAAAUAUGGAGAAUGCUUGUUCGGUGAUACGUACGUCAGAAAGGAAGUAAGAAAUGGUCUUCACUCAAAAAUGAUCUUCGAGUGCACCAAGUGUGGUAAAGAGUUUCCUAUAUUGACCAACGAAAGUGAAAAAACGACAGAAACUCUCUGCAUUAACUCCACUGCAGUACUGGCUUCAAACAUGAUCGGAAUUGGGCAUUCACAACUUGAACAAUUUACUAGUAUUUUGGAUAUACCGACGAUGUGUGCAGACCGAUUCAAAACUCUCAAUGACGACAUAGGGGCACUGUGGGAAAUAACAGCAGAACAGUCAAUGAAGGAUGCGGCUGAAGAAGAACGACAAGCUGCAAUAGAACGUGGUGAUAUUGACGAAGAGGAUGGUGUCCCUUUCAUUUCAGUUGUCACAGACGGUUGUUGGUGUAAACGCUCUUAUCAUAAGAAUUACACUUCAUUAUCUGGAGUUGCUGCAAUAGUUGGUGCCACGUUCGGUAAAGUCCUGUGGAUAGGUGUUCGCAACAAAUAUUGUGUUGUUUGUGUUCGCAAUAAGAACAAAAAUCUCACGCCACCGCCACACUUCUGCACAGCAAAUUACUCUGGUCCAUCAUCUGAAAUGGAGUGGCAAUCAAUAGUUCAAGGAUUUGAGAAGAGCGUGGACAUGUACAAUCUACGAUACACCAAAGUCAUUGCGGAUGGUGAUUCCAGCACAUACUUGAAAAUUUUGGAAGCCAAGCCGUAUCAACACCGUAUCGUUGAAAAAGACGAAUGCUGCAACCACCUUCUUCGAAAUUUUCGGAAGCAACUAGACCCAGCAAAAACCGGCUGUCCGAGAGGAUUGACGAAACAUGUAGAGAGCAGUAUGGAACGGAUUCGAAAAGGAAUUUCUUGUGCAGUAAAGCAUCGAAGCGAGGAGAAUUUGGAUGAAAAUGAAAAAAUCUCGCUCCUGAAAUCGGACAUCAGCAACGUUAUUCAUCACGUCUUUGGCGACCAUGCGCGCUGCCCAGAGUACAUCAAAGAGUUCUGCAAAGAAGAAGAAAAUUAUAUUCCGGCUUUGAAAGAAAGCGGUACGUAUGAAAAGCUUUCGACACCAGUCCGUAAACUGAUGUAUUGUGCAAAGGACCUGUUGCUGGGAGAGACGAACAACAUUGCUGAGCAUUAUAAUUCUAUCGUCUGUAAAUUCGUUGGUGGCAAAAGGGUUAAUUUUGCCCUGUCCAAUGCCUUCUCAUACAAAGCUCACGCUGCAGCCGUUCAGUUCAAUUCGAAAAAAGCUGUGACAACCCUAUAUCAGACGGCAUUUCAAAGAGAUCCUCCAGCACUAACACAAAAAAUUGAAUCGAAACGACUACAAAAAGCACUUCGGGAAAAAGCAAGACGCGCUGCAAAUAAGGAGAACCAUAUUCGUCCAAAACGUUUCAACGACCAGAAAGAAACAGGUUCCGGUUAUGGUGAAAAUUGCCAGACCACAGAUAUGUCUGUUACUGAUUUCGAAAAUGAAAAAAAAAUUUUUUUGAACAAACUCAAAGACAAUCAGGUCAAUCGGGCUGCCAAUGAAGAGAAUACUCGAAUGAAAGAGAAAAGUGCUUUGUACAAAAAAAUCACGAGCACCGUACUGUUGGCUUCUAGUUUUGGAGGUAUAUGUAAAGCGAGAGUUCUGUCCAAGCAUGUAAAGGACGUGUGCAAAAAAAUGAUUGCUCAUAGCAAAGCGAAACGACACAACGAUGAAUCGCAACCUGUUGCCAAACAACAACUCGCUAAGCAACAGAAUAUAUCCAUCCAAGACUGUGGUGUUUAUGUUGACAAAGAACAUAUGUGCCUAGCUGCGUCACCGAGUGGAAUCACAAAUGACGGUGAAAUAAUCAUUGAGGUACAAUGUCCUAUCGCAAUUCUUUCCAAGGACCCGAACGACCCGUCAGUUUUGUCUAAACUACCAUAUAUGGGCAAAGCGAAAGACGGAAAGUUCGGAUUGAAAACGACGGAUGAUAUUUAUUAUCAGAUCCAAGGCCAAUUGCACAUAUUGGACAAGAAUGUUUGCUUGUUCGCUGUUUGGACAUCAUCUACGUAUAAUUUAUAUAUUGAGCGAAUCGUAAGAGAUGAAGACUUUUUCAAAAACAAAAUGGAAAGUCGCUUAUUAUCGUUCUACUAUGACUGGUUGCUACCAGAAUUGAUUGAUCCACGAUUGAAAAGAAAUAUGGCAGUAAGAGAACCCGAACCCGAAUGAUUUGUCUACAUGUAGAAGAAUGCUUUUUAUGUCAUAUGAAUGCUUUUAUCGAUUUUCUAAUUUCCUCCAAUUUUAUUGUAUUUUCUCUUUCUUUCAUUUUAAAUUUUCUUUUUGUUUGUAAAUUUUCGUUGAUCGAUUUUUGAAUAAAACAAAGAAAUUGCUUUUUACACGUGAAGUUUGUAAGUUGCAUCACGUAAUAUUGGUGUUCAAACUUCACAACUGACUUUCAUUUUUUUCAAAUAUUGUUCACACAUCACAAUCUUAUGUUACGCAAAUUGUUGGUCGCAAAUCAGAUUUUCUGUUGAACCAGAUAUGAGAUACUUACAAAGUAAAAGUUAUUUUCAUAUAAGACAAAGGUAAGUAUGAGAAAGUCAAUAAAACUGCAUAUAUUUCAUAUUUCCGCACACACUUUGGAACUUCACACACUGCAGCUACGUAAAUACAUAUUCAUAACAGAGCUAAAGGCUAAGAAUCGAAAUAGUAACACGAACAUGACAUUUCAUUCUA